ACGAGGAGAGUGGAGAGAAAUUUCGCUACUUACGGAUUCUUAUGCCAACAGAAGCACUCUAUCAUUUUUCGCUCCGGAAGAUAGACUUGAAGGCAGGCAUUUUCUGUGUGCGUGUGGGUUAGAGCAGCCUUCUGCCAUGGGACAAGCCCUGGGUAUCAAGAGCUGUGACUUCCAGGCAGCAAAGAACAAUGAGGAACACCAUACCAAGGCCAUUAGCUCUCAGCACCUGACUGUGCGGAGAGGGCAGCCUUUCACCAUCACGGUACACUUCCGUACCCCGGUCCACACAUUUCUGCCUACCCUGAAGAAGGUCGCCCUUGUCGCACAAACUGGAGAGCAGCCUUCUAAGAUCAACAGGACACAGGCCACAUUCUCCAUCUCCUCUCUGGGGGAAAAAAAACAGUGGAGCGCAGUGGUAGAGGAUAGAGAUGCCCAGUGCUGGACCAUUUCUGUGACCUCACCUGUGGAUGCUAUCAUUGGCCACUACUCACUCCUGCUACAGGUCGCAGGCAAGAAGCAAUACCAGUUGGGACAAUUCACAUUGCUUUUUAACCCCUGGAAUAGAGAUGACCCUGUAUUUCUACAGAAUGAGGCUCAACGCUCUGAGUAUGUGCUGAACCAGAAUGGCCUCAUCUACCUGGGCACAGCUGAUUUCAUCCAGGAAGAGCCCUGGAACUUUGGCCAGUUCCAGACCGAUGUCGUGGACCUCAGCCUUGGCUUGCAGGGUGUGGAUGAGCAGCUGGAGAAGUGGAGCCAGCCCAUGCACGUGGCCCAAGCGUGGGGCGUUUUGCUGCACGCUCUCAAGAAGAAGAGAGUCCUGUCCACUCCGCAGAGCCAGGCCACCCAGGAGAGGGCCUUGCUGAACAAGCGCCGGGGCAGCGCACCCAUCCUGAGGCAGUGGCUCACAGGCCGAGGGAGACCAGUGCAUGAAAGCCAGGCCUGGGUACUGGCUGCUGUUGCUUGCACAGUACUGCGAUGCCUGGGAAUCCCGGCCCGUGUUGUUACCACAUUCACCUCAGCCCAGGGCACCAGCGGGGGCUUGCAGGUGGACGAGUACUACAAUGAGGAGGGGCUGCAGAAUGGAGAAAGCCAGACAGGCCGAAUCUGGGUUUUUCAGACUUCUGUAGAGUGCUGGAUGACCAGGCUUGAUUUGCCCCAGGGUUAUGACGGAUGGCAGAUCCUCUAUCCAAGAGGCUGGGGGUCCUGUGAUCUGGUCCCAGUCAGAGCAGUCAAGGAGGGAGCACUGGGACUGAGCCCUGCAGUGUCAGAACUUUUUGCCAUGGUAAAUGCUUCGUGUGUAGUCUGGAAGUGCUGUGAGGAUGGAAAACUAGAGUUGACUAACUCCAACACCAAAUAUGUUGGCAACAAUAUCAGCACCAAGGUUGUGGGCAGUGACCGCUGUGAGGAUAUCACUCACAACUACAAGUAUCCUGAAGGCUCUCUUGAAGAAAAAGAGGUGCUGGAGAGAGUCCAGAAAGAGAGAAUGAAACAUGGAAAAGAUAACGACAUCCGUCAUUUAAGUCUUGAGCAGACUGAUCCUCUGUACCUAUUCUUGGAAGCACCGAGCUCCCUCCCCCUUACAGGAGAUGCCCAGCUCUCAGUCACCCUGAUUAACCCCAGUGACCACGAGAAGAUAGUGCAACUGGUGAUUGGAGCCCAAGCUGUGUACUACAGUGGAGUCCUUGCUGCUGAUCUGUGGAGGGAGAAGCAGUCCCUUGGGCUCAGGGCCAACCAGGUUACAAGAAUAACCACCAGCCUGUCCUUCUCCCACUUUGAGCGAAACCCACCUGAGAACACGUUCCUCAGAAUCACUGCAGUGGCAACCCACUCCGAGUCAAGCCUCAGCUGCUUUGCUCAAGAAGAUGUUGCCAUUCGUAGACCGCACCUUGUCAUCAAGAUGCCAGAGGGAGCGAAACAGUUUCAGCCUCUUACAGUCUCAGUCAGCAUCCAUAACUCCUUAGAUUCCCCUGUGAAGGACUGCAUGAUCUCCAUCUUUGGAAGGGGGCUAAUUCACAAAGAAAGGAGGUACAGGUUAGGUUCCGUGUGGCCUGGAAACACCUUGCGCACCCAGGUCCAGUUCACACCGACACAACUGGGACUCCACUGGCUCACUGUGGAAAUGGAUUGUGACAUGUUCCAGAACCUAACCAGCUACAAGAGCAUUACCAUAGAAGCCCCUGAACUUUCCGCUUAGACUUCCACCUCUAUCACCACUCUCCCCAACAAACCCUUGAAGUAUAACCUAAACCCAAAACAUGCAGGGGAGGGAAAUCUGCUUCUCAGAUAAUGAGUCCCCAGCCCAACUGAGCAGAACUGUCAACAAGACCAAAGCUAGAUUCCCAGAAACCAGAUAAGACAUUUUCCUGUCACCCACAGCUUAGGGCAGUCAGAAAGACAAGUUGUCUUCAAAUAGAAAUGACUGGGGAUCAAGGGUCAAAAAGUAGUCUUUGAAAAGGUACUCAGAUUUUCAAAGUUCAUUUUCAGAGU